GGUUUAAAUAUUAGGACGGGUCAUAAUCUAUACCGUGAUUUAUGUUAAAUGUAUAUGUAAUUGUACGACUAUUGUUAUUGUUUUAACCAAAGUGAAAUGGCACCUAUAAAAUUAUUUGCGGAUCUAAAAUCACAGCCAUGCAGGGCGGUGUACUUGUUUAUGAAAAUGAACAAUAUUCCAUUCCAAAUGGUGAGAAUAGACCUUGGAUCAGGUGAACACUUGCAGGAAGAAUUCACAAAAAUUAGCCCAAUUCAGCGAGUACCUGUUAUCGAAGAUAAUGGAUUUGUUCUCGGAGAAAGUGGUGCAAUCUUUCGCUAUCUUGCCCGUAAAUUCAAUGUAGCCGAACACUGGUAUCCGUCAAAGGACCUGGAACGACAAGGGCGGAUAGAUGAAUAUCUUAACUGGCAUCACACUAACAUUCGAACAACUGCGAUGAUGUCAUUUAGACAUCAGUUCAUCAAUACGCUGAGAGGAAAACCUAUAAAAGAAGACGAGGUUAAACGUUUCAAGACGGAACUAAAGAAAUCGAUCAACCAUAUAGACAAAUACUUUCUGAAAGACGAACCAUAUAUUGGUGGAAAAGAAAUUUCUGUCGCGGACUUGCAAGCGUUUUGUGAACUUAUGCAGCUUGAUAUCAUUGGUGAUGAGAAUGAAUAUAGGUUUAAUCCAAAAGUCCGCGCAUGGGCAGACAGAGUUAAAGCGCAAAUUGAGCCAUAUUUCGAGCCUUGCCAAGAGGAAGGGAUUUCACCGAUGCAAACAAUUUAUAAUCAAUUAAAAUCGUCUAAGUUGUAGAGCAUGACAUAAUCGAAUGCUAUUUACUGCUUUUAAAAUGAGAUAAUAAAUUGUGUUCUUUCAAUAAAAAGCUAUUUAUCGCAAUUAAA